ACCCAAAAUGUGGCCAAGUGAACGCAUCGCACAAGGCGGACUCUUUCAUACCCCAAAAAUUAAAUAUAGCAAGGAAACGGCGGAUCUACUAAAAUUACUGAUGAAAGAGUCCAAAAUGACAAUGUUAAUGCGAAAACAAAUCGAUCAUCAUUUGCGUAACGGCGAACCAUUACCCAAACCCGAACCAAGACGUAUAAAUAUCUACAAAGAUGCCGAUACUGAAGCAAUGGAGAUAUUACGAAAAGCGCAUAAUGCCAAAAGGAAAUCACUAUCGGAAAUUAAAGCAAGCGGUGCAUAUGAGACACCACGUAAUCGUCCCAAGCCCGAUGAUAAAAUGCCAUCAGAAAAAUCAAAGAAAUUAUUACAAGAAGCGAUGUCAGGUUUGCGUAUGUCCGAAACUACUUUGAAACCAAAACGGAAACCGAAAACGAAACACGAACCACCGGCAACAACGGAUGAUAUAAUCAAUGAAUUAUUGGAUCAAAUAAACGAGCGUGCAGAAUGGCUCGCAGAAAUGGAACAGUUAGGUGAAGGUAAACGUUAUCGAGAUGAGAUACGUGAACAAAUAGCAGAACGUUUGCGUCAAAUAAAGGCACUCGAAACAAAGAAGCAGUUAACCAAUAAAGGCAUUUCCUAUUUGGAGUAA